UGCUGAUCACGGGAUGAAGGGCUCAGACAGAUGAGAGCAGUUAGGGGGGGUGUACGCAUAAAAGACUUGGCAAGUGGGCGGCACAGGGGGGCACUACGGUACAGCAGAGAGAGUGUGUGAGAGAACGGAUGACAUAAGGAUGUGGACGAGUGUGUGUAUAAUUUUUAUGUGCGUUGUGCUGACGUACGCUCAGUUUCCACGUCAGUGUAUGACACAAGAAGGUCUCCUGAAUGGCACCUGCUGCCCAUCACCUACAGAACUGCCCAAUGAUGAGUGUGGAUCCAGGACUGGGAGAGGUCAGUGUGUGUCCAUUAUUGCUGACCGCCGCCCACAUGGGCCUCAGUAUCCCCACGAUGGGAGGGACGACCGAGAACAAUGGCCACUACGGUUCUUUAACAGAGCUUGCCAAUGCAACGCAAACUUCAGUGGAUUUAACUGUGGGCGAUGCCGACAUGGUCUGACAGGGCCAAACUGUGAUCAAAGAAUCACCGUGGUGCGACGUAACAUCAUGCAAAUGUCUGCUGAUGAGAAAAGAUCAUUUGUGAAUGCUCUGGACCAGGCCAAAAGAACCGUCCAUCCCGACCUGGUCAUCUGUACCCGUCGCUAUCAGGAGAUUUUUGGGCCGGAAGGAGGGAGUGCCCAAUGUGAGAAUAUCACCAUCUAUAAUUACUUUGUUUGGACCCACUACUAUUCGGUCAGCAAGACUUACAUGGGUCCAGGCCAGCAGAGUUUUGGAGGUGUGGAUUUCUCUCACGAAGGACCCGGAUUCGUCACUUGGCAUCGGUACCACUUGCUGCAACUGGAAAAAGACAUGCAGGACAUGCUGGGGGACCCGUCGUUUGCCCUGCCGUACUGGAACUUUGCUAUCGGAGGCAGUGAGUGUGAUAUCUGUACUGAUGACCUGCUGGGAGCCAGAAGCAGCUUUGAUACAAAUGAUAUCAGUUCCAACUCUGUAUUCUCUCAGUGGAGAGUCAUCUGCGAGAGUGUGGAGGAGUAUGAAACACUGGGGACCAUCUGCAACAAUACAGAGACAAGUCCGAUCCAGAGAAACCCUGCUGGUAAUGUGGCUCGACCCAUGGUCCAGAGAUUACCAGAACCACAGGAUGUCAUCGACUGUCUAGAGCUAAACACCUUCGACACACCACCCUACUACUCAACUUCCUCUCAGAGUUUCAGAAAUACUGUUGAGGGUUACAGUGCUCCCCAGGGCAACUAUGAUCCAGUGGUCAGAAGUCUGCACAACCUGGCUCAUUUGUUUCUCAAUGGCACAGGUGGACAGACUCACCUGUCACCAAACGACCCCAUCUUUGUCCUGCUUCACACUUUCACUGAUGCCAUCUUUGAUGAAUGGCUUCAGAGACACAGUGCUGCAGGUACAGUGGUCUAUCCUGAGGAAAAUGCUCCUAUUGGUCACAACAGAGACUUCAACAUGGUUCCUUUCUGGCCACCAAUCAGAAAUGCAGAAAUGUUUGUCAGUGCCCCAGACAACCUGGGCUACACCUAUGAGGUUCAGUGGCCAACACGACCCUACACUGUCUCAGAGAUCAUCACCAUAGCAAUUGUUGCUGUGGUGCUUGUUGUGGCUGUGGUGGGCGGAGUCAUCGGGUGUGCUGUUCGGGCACGCUCUUACCGCUCAGCUGAGGGCCUCGAGCCAUUGCUGGGUGAACAGUUCCGGCGGUACUCAGAGGAUGAGCGUCAUGUGGGAAAAUCUCAGUCUAUGGUCUGACUGAGGAAUUAAGAAACAUAUCUUAAACAUCGUUAUCACUGCACUGUGCAAUCACACUGUUCUCAAGAGUAUGACUUAUGAAUUAUUAGUGUUCAAAGGCAGCGUAAAAGUUUUGUGAGCACAGGGGGCUUCAUUUAUGACCAUUUAUUUUGCUACUUUUCAUGUCCAGCAAGACAUUGAGAAUCCAGUCAUGUCUGCCCUUAAAACACAUUUAAUGUUCAGUUUUAUUCAGUUUUUAUGCACUGCUUAUGAAAGCCCUAUGAACACAAUAAUAUGGCAUAAGACUAAUGUACAGUGUGACCUAUUUUAUAUUACUCUGAUAUAAAAAAGUUGAAAAGUCAUGUAAUUUCCUUUUUUUUUCAACGGUUUUGUUUGAGUUGCAUUUAACAGUGCAGAAGUGUUCAGCAGCAACUCCAAAGAAACAACCAAGCUUUCAGAGAGUGCAAAUUGACCCUAUUGGCCCAAGGUGGCCUUUCAGUCCUAACUAGCUUAAAGGAAUAGUUCACCCAAAAAUGAAAAGUCUCUCAUCAUUUACUCAUCCUUAUACCAUCCCAGAUGUGCAUGACUUUCUUUCAUCUGCUGAACUCAAAUGAAUAUUUUUAGAAGAAUUUCUCAGCUCUUUUGGUCUAUACAAUGCAAGUAAAUGGGUGCCAAAAUUUUGAAGCUCCAAAAAUCAAACAAGUCAGCAUAAAAGUAUGUCUCCAGUGGUUAAAUCUAUGUCUUCAGAAGAGAUAAGAUAGGUGUGGGUGAGAAACAGAUCAAUGUUUAAGUAUUUUUUUUAUUACAAAUUCUCCUCCCUGCUCAGGCAAUCUCCACUUUAACUUUCACUUUCUUCUUCUUGUGUUUUUGGUGAUUCACAUUCUUCAUGCAUUUGGCCCUUACUGGUCAGGGAGAAGGAUUUCUGUCAAAAAAGGACUUAAAUAUUGAUCUGUUUCUCACACAAACCUAUCCUAUCACUUCUGAAAACAUGGAUUAAAACACUGGAGUCAUAUGGGUUACUUUUAUGAUGCCUUUAUGUGCUUUUUGGAGCGUCAUAUUUUUGGGUGGACUAUUCCUUUAACCAAGCCCAAUCCAGCUAGAGAAGUACAGUAAAGCAACUACCACCUAAAACUGAGUUUGGCUGUAUUUUUAGCAAAUGUGACAAGACUUCACACAGUAGCUUAUAGCCUACUGUUACAGCUUGCACACAUCAAAAAUAAUAUAAACAUGCUUACUCAUGCUUGCUUGUUGUUGCUACACCACAUUACAUUACUAUAAGGUAGCAUAUGUAUAGUAACCUUAUAUUUGUCCAAUAACAAAGCAAAUAUUAGACUAAUAGGACACAUCCAGGCUCUAACUGUGGUAUGAC